AUUCUGGGUAUUGUGGUGCAGCUGUGCUCACGCGCACGCUGUUAUUCAACACUCGGCAGCUCUCCUACACUGAUGUCUGCUGCGGUCAUUUUAGCCGCUGUCCUCGGCGGUGGGGUUUUCUUCAUUGCCCGGAGAAUAUUCUUCAGGCGGAAAGCGCUGAAAUUGCUGCGUUUCCCCGCGGGUCUGAUGCGCGGAAAGACUGUGAUAGUGACCGGGGCGAACAGCGGCAUCGGGAGGGCGACGGCCGCGGAGCUGCUGAAGCUACAGGCCCGUGUGGUCAUGGCCUGUCGGGACAGACAGAGGGCCGAGGAGGCGGCCCAGGACAUCAAGAAUCAAGCCGGUCCGAAUCAGGGAGAGGUCGUUGUCAAACACCUGGACCUCGCAUCGCUCCAGUCGGUGCGCAGCUUCUGCGAGGAAAUUAUCAGGGAGGAGCCAAGGAUUGAUGUUCUUAUCAACAACGCUGGUCUCUACCAGUGUCCCUACAGUAGGACAGAAGAGGGCUAUGAAAUGCAGUUGGGAGUGAACCACCUGGGUCACUUCCUUCUGACAAACCUUCUGCUGGACCUCCUGAAGCAGUCGGCUCCCAGCCGAAUCGUCGUGGUCUCCUCCAAGCUCUACAAGUAUGGCAGCAUCAACUUCGAGGACUUGAACAGCGAACAGAAUUACAACAAAGCUUUUUGCUACAGCCAGAGCAAGCUUGCCAACCUACUGUUUACUCGCGAGCUGGCCCGCAGGCUGGAUGGUACUGGGGUAACUGUAAAUGCCCUCACUCCUGGUAUCGUAAGGACCAGAUUGGGCCGGCACGUCAACAUCCCCCUGCUGAUUAAGCCUCUUUUCAUGCUGGUCUCUUGGUUGUUCUUCAAAAGCCCACUGGAGGGUGCUCAGACCCCAUUGUACCUGGCUUGCUCGCCUGAAGUUGAGGGUGUGUCUGGAAAAUGCUUUGCUAAUUGCGAAGAAGAACAGUUGUUGUCUAAAGCCACCGAUGACCAUACUGCUAAACGGCUGUGGGACCUGAGUGAAAGCAUGGUGGGGCUUAAGGGGUAAGGAGAUGAAGCAGAACCACUCUUCACAAAUGUGGCAAAUGCAAACCUCGAAUAUCAGUGCACUGGAUUUUUGGGGAGUGUUUUUGGCCUAGUACCUGAGGGAUUUGUGGGAUAAGGGACAGAAAAUUAAAAUUUCCAUCUGUUCCCUGUAUCUUUGCUGCAGUGUUUUCAGAGAUGGCCUCAGGCUUGUGACUCACUCUUCUCUGAGAAUGAGAGCUUGAAAGUAUCGAGUCCGACAUAUCCCUUGAAUACAAAUGACAGGAGCAACGUGCCCAAGAAACACAUGGCUCAGAGCUAACAUGAAUACAGAAUAGCAUGUGCACCACUGCAUAUCUCUUAAUGUAGAUUAACUGGUGACCAAGUUAUUACAUCCAAUGUAGUUUAAUGUUGAUCAGCAAUUAAAUUGACAGACCUAUUCUUCUCUGACGUGAAUUAGACACACUUUAGUCUCCCAGAAUG